ACCCUCCUCGCUGUGCCAGUGUUUCCCAGACUCGCACACAGUCAACUUCACAAGUUGUCAACACAGUCGGACGAUAUCAAGUUUCUACAGGUCUGCAAGUCUGUGUGUGUGUGUGUGUGUGUGUCUGAAUUACUGGAGCGCAGAGCAGUUGCAACUGUCCUUCACUGUCCGGCCAAGAGUUUAUAUGAAGAUGCAUUUCAUGUAUGCCCUUUAAACAGGGCAUACUUGAGUGAGAGUAUGAGGGCUUGUAGGCGGCCGAGCAGCGGUGGAGCACUCAGAACCGUCGUCGGAGCGAUGCUGCUGACACUUGGCCUGUCCCAGUCUGGCCCUCAACAGACUCCCUGUAUGGCUGGUGAUGCUCGACAGAACCUCACCCAGCUCAAGUACUUAAUGUUUCAGAACAGGACUGCUUCUAGCUUCAUGACGCCUCUGGUUGAAUCCUUCCUCCAAACUGUCCAGCCAUACCCAUUUCCUAUAGACCUGAUCCUGAAACUAGUCCGUGAAUUCUCAUUGACAAAUUCACAAUUAAUUAAGGAAGUCAUGCUGCACGAAGUGGGCUUCCUGGUAUGUGCAAUAUUUGGCAUCCUGUACAUCAUUCUGAUGCCCAUAAUUGGCAUCUUCUUGGCGUGCUGCCGCUGCUGUGGCAAGUGUGGGGGGACGAUGCACCAGAAGCAGACACCCUCUAUUCACAGUAGCAGACGAUGUCUCUACUGGUGCACGAUUGCUGUCACAGUCAUCAUCCUAGCCGGGAACGUUUGCAUGUUCAAAAGCAAUAAAGACCUGAAUGUGGGUGUGACUCAGAGUCCUACACAGCUCAACACGACUACACGCAACAUUCAAACGUUCAUCACGUCUGUGCCUCAGCAAAUUCAGUCCGUGGUGAACGAGAGCUUCACAACCAUCGACAGGAUUGCCUCAAACCUUAAUGACAUCGGGCCUCAGUUGGGCUCAGUCAUCCAGGAUCGAUUCCGUGGACAUAUGGACCCAGUGCUGCACUCGCUGAGGCUGCUGAACGAAGGGACCACAAACUUCAGCGCUCAAUUACAGGAGCUGAACUCAUUUUUGACCCAGCACAGGACCACCAUGAACCUUCUGCAGAGGGACAUCACUACCAUCAGAUAUGCCAUCACUGCCACUUUGAAUAACCCGGCCUGUGUUGGCUGUGCCUUAAUAAGGCCAGUUUUACAGCCACAGGUAGAUCGUCUGACACUGGGCGCAAUCGUUACUCCCAACACCGAUGGUCUUGUGGCAGGAAUGACUCAAAUCAACCAAACUGAUCUCCCAUCAAAAAUCGUGGAGAUCGAACGCUACUUCAACAGCAUCCCACAGACCGUGAACACUGAAACCAUGAAUGUAGUGCAACAAACCACCCAGGUGCUGGAGAACGUCAAAACCCAGAUCUCAAAUAUCAUCAGGACCUCCCUUUCUGCUUUCAUAAAUUUGUCAGAGCUUCCAACUCAGCUGUACGCAGACACAAUCGGUAAACACAGCUCCACGAUCGAGUACGCCGAGGACAUUAGGUACAAGUUGUGUAUUGUUCUGUGCUGCGUGGUGGGCCUGGUGGUGAUGUGUAACCUCCUGGGUCUGGUUCUGGGUCCUCUGGGUUUGAAGCCCAAAACGGACCCCACAAUGCGCUCCUGCAUGGCAGACAGCGGAGGCACCUUCUUCAUGAUGAGCGCAGGGUUCAGCUUCCUCUUCUCCUGGCUGAUGAUGGUACUCGUGCUCGUGCUCUUCCUGUUGGGAGGACACGGUCACACUCUUGUGUGUCGGCCGUGGAGCAGCGGACAACUGUUCCAGUUAAUUGAUUCUUCGGGAUUGGUUCCAAACAUAAGUCAGGUGUUGGGAUUGAGAAGCAAUAUCAGCAUCGCACACAUCUACAGAGGCUGUACGGCAAACCAGACUAUUUGGAAAACACUCCUCAUGCAUGAAGUGAUAGACCUCGACCAAGUCUUCAGUACAACUCAAUACUUGGGGGACAUACAGCAGCAGUUUGACGCUAUGCACAUUGGGUUGCCUGCCAUCACUUUCCUGAGCCCUGAAGUGAGAGAGAACCUCGGAAACCUCUCCAUCAUUACAAACGGAAUGAACUCCACCCUUAUCACACAGCAGAUUAACACCGUGUCCAACAUCAAUCUGAAUACAUCAGCGGAUGCACUUGUGAAUGCUGGAAUUGCGACUGACCCGCCCACUCAAACAAGACUCCAAAACCAUGCCAACGACUUGAGGCAGAUUCAGGCCAGAAUAGAAACAACCCUCAUCCCACAAAUGACACAACUUAACUCAAGUGUCACAGUCCUUCGCACCAAGGAACAAGAAAUAGAGGCAUCAGUGGCGGUGUUGCUGGCAAACGUGGCUGCAGCAGAAGGCUUCUUCAACACAGAAGCAGCAGCGGUCGUCAGGAACGAAAGCAGCUCGUUCUUAGACUGUCAGCUGGCUCACUUUGACCAUUACAAUGUGUGGGCCAGACUCAUGAUCACAGAGCAGAUGGGAUUUUGUAAGCCUGUUGCAGAGACUGUGGACGCUGUGGAGGUCAUCCUCUGCUCGUACCUGCUGGAGUCUCUGAAUGCGUUCUGGUGCAGUAUGGGCUGGUGCCUUUUCUUCCUCAUCCCCAGCAUCAUCUUCACUAUCAAACUGGCCAAGUACUAUAGGAAAAUGAAGUUGUCUGAUGACUAUGAUGACAACGUCAUAGCAAGCAAACUAAAUAUAAGCCCAAACGAAAAUGAGCUGAGCGACCGAGACACACAGUACUGGGAAGAGCACACACAACCGUCGCCUCCCGACCAAAGUUACACUGGGAUACAGAUGUGACACGCGAGCGACAAAAGUUCACUCACACUGUUCACUACACAGAAAACUUGAGGCUGAGGUAAGGGAAAGAAAAUAUAUCUGUAUUUUAUGUAGCACUUUUCUAGUCUUGAUGACCACUCAAAGCUGCUUUACAUGACAGUUCUGCCAUUCACACCCUUUCACUCACACCUUUCAUACGUUCACACGCAAGGAGCUAGCGGAGCCGGGAAUCAAACCCACAACCAGGGAUGCCAGCUGAUGUAGAAGACUGAAAGGGAAGAAGGCGUUUCUUCAUUUGUACGUCACUCACUGCCUUCACUGACAGCACUGGUCAUGAUUAGGGCUGCAACUAACGACUAUUUUCAUAAUCGAUUCAUCUUGUUGAUUAUUUUCUCGAAAUGUGUCAGAAAAUGUUGAUCUGCGUUUCCCAAAGCUGGAAAUGAUCCGAAAUGAUUCAGUUUUUAAUGAUUUCUUUGUCAAAUGGAGCAAAGAAACCAGACAAUAUUCACGUUUAAGAAGCUGGAAAAUGUAAACGUUUUUUUUUUUUAUUAUUUAUUGAAAAAACACUCAAACCGAUUCAUCGAAUUAUCAAAUUAGUUGAUAUUUAAUAUAUUAUAUAUUUAUAUUUAAUUAAUAUAAUUGAUUAAUAAUCGAACAAUGGUUGCAGCCCUAGUCCUGAUACAUUUCAUUCCUCACACAUUGUCUUUGAGAAGGACCUCAGGACACAAGAGAAUCUUCAGGGAUUAUUAUUAUUUUUUUUGAGCCGUUUGAACUUUCAAUAUUUUUUGCAUGUUUUAUAUGUUUUUGAUGUACAAACAGAGCGUGCUGCUAGAUCCUGAGAGCAUAAUUUAUUAGUGUUGAGCUGAUUUUUUUUAGUCAUCGUAAAGGAAAACAAUAGAAAUAAGCUUCUGAGACCAAAUUGAAUCACUACAUUUCUACACUUUUUUUGUGUGCGUGACAAUUACUGAACUCCAUAUUGUCAUGUCUUUUUUUUGUAAACGAGUUUGAUAAUGUGUUUUUCUAUGUUUUAAUUUCAACUUUCGAAAAGAUUUAUCUUGGCUGUGAUUUAUUAAAAACAAAAAAAACAAAAAAGGCUACUGUGAAUAGAAAAAUUGUACUGGACGACAAAUGAACAAAUGUGAGUGCUG